AUGGUCCCCCCCAGCGAGGCCCCCGAGGGAGUCGGUUUCAAGGAGGAGUUGGUCAAGUGCAGUGAGCAGGAAAAAUGCGAAUACAAAACGAAUAUCAAAGUAAAAAUCGGGAACAACCAAAAGAUCCUGCUGUUAGUAAGACACAAGAAAGAGGAGUUCUACGUAGUGCUCCAUCAAACUAAAUUUAUUGUGGCCUAUCCAAUGGUAUACAAAACCUUGGCCCCACAAAAGUCUAUAUUCAGUUAUAAGGAAUUUUAUGAAUUAGGAAUAGGUACCAUAGAUGAACAAAAUAAAAAGGGAAAAGACAGAUGUGAGAGUUACGACUUCAGUAUCCAUGAACAGAUCAAAGUACCAACAUUCGAAGGAUUCAACGACAGACCCUUCUCCCUCUGUUGUUCCUGCUACGAUUUACCACAUUCGUAUGAAUCUAUAAAUGAUCUAUACAAAGCAGUACCACAAAAAUCUGUGUUAGAGUGUCCCGAUAGAGAUACAAUAAUCCGUAAUCAAAAAUAUGAGAGACUAGUAUCUGUGAAGAAGGCUCUGCGACAUGUUCUCCCAAUGUAUGCACUGUUCAAGUUUAAAAACGAUGUUAAUAUAUUUCUUAUUUUUAACAUUACUGUGAUGAAAAAAAAGAAGACAUUUUCUGACUAUUUCCAACUGUAUAGUGAUAAGGCAGAUCUAGAAAAGAAAACAUAUAGAUAUGUUAUUAGCGAAUCUGCAAAACCGAUAGAGCUUUUUGAUGAGAAGUAUAUUUAUAUCACACAUUCAUCUUCUGCAUUCGAUAAUGUUUCCAUACCAACAUUGCAUAAUAAUUACCUAUUGUAUCCAUUUUACCCUGAAGAAUUAUAUGGUAUAAAGUAUGGUACAUUAGAUUAUGGAUGCUCUUACAAUAAAUCUUUAAACUUUGAGUGCAUCGAAAAUGAUGAGAAUAAAUGUACAUAUACGGAUUCUACUUGCCUCAGUAGAUCUAUACUGAUUCCUAAGAACUACGUGGCUGAUGAUACAGAUUCUGCAUGUGGACUUAUUGGAUAUAACGACUACACUGUUUCCAGACGGGAAUCUUGCAUGGAAGACGCAGACUGUAUAUCCAAUACAGUGGAAUCGUAUGUGAACAAAGCGCAGGAGCUGACAAAAGGGAAUGAAGAAACGGUUACGAAGCUACCCAUUAUAAAUGGGAAGUACCCUCAUUACAUUUUUAGAAAAAAAAAUUACAACCAAAGUACUCUUGAUAAAAGAACAGUUAAGUUUUUCCAGGAUAACAACAUUGAACAUUUCAUUGCGUAUGAAUACUACAAAGAAGAUCGAACAGAAUUCACAAUAAGUUUGUUUAACCAUGAGAAGGAUCAUGUAAUGCAUGUGGUAGAUUCUCCAGUGAGUUCUGUAAAAAAUGAACAUGACGGAAAGAAUAGGCAUGACGGGAAAAGUGAACAAGAGCCACUGGAAGAACCAGAACCCCUAUACGACGAUACCAUCUUCCAGUUAGAAACUCUCAACGAGCUAAGGAUUAUUAAUAUUCUGUAUUCAGAUCAGUGUGAUGAACAGAACACACAAAAAUGCGGAGUUUUGGUACAUGUGUGGAACCCAUCUAUGGAACAGAUUAAGGCUAGGCUAAAGUUACAGUGUACCAUAAAUUCAAGUGAAAAAUAUAUAGAUGAGAAAAACCUUAUUUACGAUGAGGGUCAAUAUCAGUUUUUGUUUUUUUUUAAAGUCCCUUUUCUCAAAUUUCCUUCUCUUCGCAACUGCAGUGUGCAUGCAUAUGGGGCUUUCAAACUGUACGACACACAAACAUAUGUCGUUAGGAAGAGAGGAAUUAUUAGGAAGUUUUUCUAUCAUCAACCUAAGGAGACUAGUGCCAUGAAGGUGUACUCUGAGGGAAUACAAAAGGUUACCUGUUGUAUGGAGGAGCCACACAUCUGCGAUGUCAAAAACAUCCCCCACUGCAUCACACAAGAGUCGUUGAAUGUUCUCCACGUUUUCAUAUUUCUUGUUUUCCUCGUCUUUGUCUUUGUUGUGUUCCUCACUGGCAAUGCCCGCAAGAAGAGAACCGACUCCAACAGUGCCGGCGCGGACAACACACCCUCCACGUGA